AUGGCAGAGCUUCAUGCUCGCGGUGGCGAUACAGCCGUGCAGCCUCCCCUCUCACAGGCUGUCGGAUAUGUCAUUGUGGUGGUGGUAGGGCUGGUAGUUGCUUUUGUGAUGAUGCUUAUCACAAAGCUUCUAAAAAAGACGACAGGAGAGGACAACAAGAAGACAGAGAUGUUCAUGACUGCCAAUCGAACUGUACGAACGGGGUUGACAGCGUCUGCUGUGAUAUCGUCGUGGCUUUGGACGACGGCCUUGUUGGGUUCAUCAUUUGUUGGCUAUGACUACGGAGUAUCAGGUCCGUUUUGGUUUGCUGCGGGUUGCAGUCCGAUGAUUGUCUUCUUUGCCUUGCUGGGAAUAUCCUGCAAGAGAAAGAUCCCCGAAGCGCAUACCUCUUUAGAAUUGGUUAGAAUUCGCUAUGGACGAGUGGCCCAUGUCGUUUUUAUGGUCUUGUGUCUGGUCAACAACAUCUUUGCCUGCGCAAAUAUGCUACUUGGGGCUGCGGCUGUAAUUUCAGCCAUGACUGGCAUGCAUGUUAUUGCCGCGACAUUUCUACUACCCGUCGGAGUGACUGUCUACACUUUUGUGGGUGGAAUCAAGGCUACAUUCCUCACUGACUACUUCCAUACGACCAUUAUACUGAUCAUCGCCUGCUACUUUUCGGUCAAGGCUUUUACCUUUGAUGGAGUCGGCUCAGUGGGAAAACUUUAUGAACUGCUUCAAGCUGCAGCUUUGCGCCAUCCAGUAUCUGGGAAUCAUGACGGAACAUACUUGACUAUGACUUCUAAAUCGGGAAUUCUGUUUGGGAUUUUGCACAUUUGUUCCAACUUUGGUCUGGUCAUCAUGGAUACAAGUUAUUUCAUCAAAGCCUUUUCAGCCUCUCCCUCGGCAGUUGUUCCAGGAUAUACAAUUGGAGGUAUCAUGUAUUUUGCAGUUCCAUGGGCACUGGGAACCGUGAUGAGCUCGGUGGCAAUUGGACUGGAGAAUACACCUCAAUUUCCUACAUACCCACGAAGAAUGACAACUUCUGAAGUUAGCGGUGGUCUCGUUCUACCAUAUGCAGCGAUUACCAUAGCCGGUAAAGGAGGAGCAGCGGCCGUCACUCUGAUGACAUUCAUGGCCGUGACCUCCACACUGUCUGCCCAGGUUAUCGCCGUCAGCUCAAUUCUCAGUUUUGACGUUUACCGAGAAUACUUCAAACGCAAUGCUUCUGACAAGGACAUAAUCCGAUCCAGCCAUUUUGGAGUUAUUUUUUUUGCUGCCUUCUCCGCCGGGUUCUGCACGAUGCUGCAUUAUGUCGGUAUUGACCUGGGUUGGACGCUCUACAUGCUUGGCGUCGUUACCUGCCCUGGUAUCUUCCCCAUGGUUUUCACCGUCCUCUGGCGUCGUCAGAGCAAGGCUGCUGCUAUCCUAGCGCCGGUCCUCGGGAUGGCAACAGGAAUUGCUGUCUGGCUGGGUACUGCGCACAGAUUUUACGGAACCGUCUCUGUCGCUGCGACGGGUCAAAUCCUUCCUUGUGUUUAUGGCACCGUUGCCUCGGCAUUCUCACCAAUCCUGUAUUCAGUCAUCAUCACCCUUGUCAGACCACAGAACUACGACUGGUCCGAGUUCAAGAAGGAAAAGCUUGCACUGGAAAAGUUAGAAAGCGACCUGACGACUGUCCACGGUGAUGCUGGUGAGAAUCCCGGCGAAGGACACCUCGAAGACGGACAGACCCGGUCUUCUGCGUUUGACGCCCAGGAAUUAAAAAGAUGGGGUCGCAUCGCGGCGUUUUGGUCCGCUGCUACAUUCCUGGGUCACUGGGUUAUCUGGCCAUUGCCGAUGUAUGGAUCGAAUUAUGUGUUUGGAAAGAAGUUCUACUCCGCCUGGGUGAUCGUCGCCAUAAUUUGGAUGUGGGGAACGAUGCUUGUCGCGACGUUUUAUCCGAUCAUCGAUGGCGGUAUCCAGCAAAUCGCACAGAUCUACCGGGGACUCGGAAAAGACAAGAAUAAGACUAUUGAGAGCGCGACACCAUCCGGAUCAUCAGUUGACGAGAGCGCACGGGUUGAGCAAACAAAAGGGGAGAGCGAGAAAUAG